AGUUACAGGGUUUUCGUAGAGCUCUCUCACAACUACUCACAAGUCAUAGCAUUUCCAGUGAUCGCGCAAGGAACAGAGCAACAAUGGGAAGUAGAUUGGGAGGAAGAGUUAUUCACUUUGCUAACCUACCCAUCAAGCUUCUCAUGCCUUCCUCUUUCGAAAACAUCAGAGAAAUUGCCCUCAAAACCAUUCCCUCAGCUUCAAAGAUUGAGAUCAAGAGGGUUCUGGAGUCUCUCUAUGGCUUCGAAGUUGAAAAGGUCCGAACCCUAAACAUGGAUGGCAAGAAGAAGAAGAGAGGGGGCGUAUUGUUUGCGAGACCGGAUUACAAGAAGGCUUAUAUUACGCUGAAGAACCCAUUGUCGAUUUCACAGGACUUGUAUCCGAUUCGUGUAAUUGAGGACGAGAAGAGGGCGAAGAAUAAGCAGUCGAAGUCAAGCUUCGUCGAGGAAGGUGAAGUCAAGUCGCAUUGGCUCGAUGGCAGCGGCAACACUUUCAGGCCGGAUAAGGGUUACGUGACUAGACGUGGAUGUGGAAGCCGCGGUGGCGAUGGUGGUGCUGGGAAGUUCCCGUCGAGCAGUAUGCGUUCUUCUUCUUCCAGGCCGGAGAAGAGUUCUGAUGGGGGCCGUGGAGGUGGACGCCGUGGUGGCGAUAGUGGCGUUGGGGGCGUGACGUUCCCAUGGAGCAGCAUGCGCUCUACUUCUUCUAGCAUGCAUUCAUGCAUCAAGUGACAGCUUCUUGCAGUCCAUUACUUUUCACAGCCUUACUUGGUCGUGCUCUUGGGAGCAAACUAUUACAAACAUUGGGUGGAGGUAUAGUGACAAUUCAGGUUUAAAAUUGGGAGAUACGGAGAGAAGUGACAGGUCCAAUUCCAAUUCAUGUACUGUAUAUGUGAAGUCAACCAUGUGAUUAUUGUGUGGCUUAAAAUUAUUGUGUGGCUUAAAAGAAGAAGGUAGACUACAGAUAUUCAGUCUAGUUGCA